CUUUGCCGGACGGUGCUGGAAAGGAGAAACCAGGAACGCAAAGCAAGCCAGACGCCGAGAAGGAUCACCCAGCCCCGCAGGCAUCCUUCUUGGGGACCUGCGCGGCUUCUAGGGCAGCCCCAGGCGGACCAGGUGAGCGGCCGCCACUUCUGCGUCGGCACCACCUGCCGCUCCUUGAACAUGCCCAGAACUGAGCCGCUCGGCUCCGCGGCGCCGCGCAGCCCCCGGGGGCCGGACUGCGGAGACAGCGAGAUCGACAUCCUGGGAGAGGAGAAGCCCGAAGCCGCGGAGGGCCGGGAAGAGCCGGGCGACAGGAAGGAACCCGAGUCCCCCGAGCGGCGGCGCCCGCGGGGGGCGCGGCGGGGCGGGGGCGGCGCCGUGCAGGGAGAGCGCCCGGAGAGCCGCGGCGGCGCGAGCGCCGGCUCGGAACUCAGUGGCCAGUUUAAGGCCGCGGCCGGGUGUGCGGUGGCCGCCGAGGACGCCCCGCCGCCCCCCAAGCCCCCCUACUCCUACAUCGCGCUCAUCACCAUGGCCAUCCUGCAGAGCCCACACAAGCGCCUCACGCUCAGCGGCAUCUGCGCCUUCAUCAGCGGCCGCUUCCCCUACUACCGCCGCAAGUUCCCCGCCUGGCAGAACAGCAUCCGCCACAACCUCUCGCUCAACGACUGCUUCGUGAAGAUCCCCCGCGAGCCGGGCCACCCGGGCAAGGGCAACUACUGGAGCCUGGACCCCGCCUCCCAGGACAUGUUCGACAACGGCAGCUUCCUGCGACGCAGGAAGCGUUUCAAGCGCCGCCACCCUACCCCGGGAGCCCCCCUGCAUCAUCCUUUCCCCCUGCCCGCCGCUCCCGCUGCCCUGCACUGCCCCUACCCGGGUCUGCUGCUCGGGCCCCCGACCCCGACGCCUUCUGCCCCGGGCACCUCCGCCGCCGCUCCCCGGAGCCACCAGUGCGCGCUGCUGCACCCGCAGCCCCUGGGCUACCUGCUCCUCUCGGCCCCGCCCUACGCCCAGACUCCCAGGAAAGCGCCAGGCGCGGACCCAGCUAGCCUCGGCGUCCUCCCGGGGCUGCAGCCCUCGCAGAGCUCCCAGCCUGGCGAGGAGGGCCCGGGGCAGGCGUCGCGGCCUCGGGGAGGAUCCAGCUCCUUCAGCAUCGAGAGUAUCAUGCAAGGGGUCAGGGGCGAAGGCACAGGGACGGCGCAGCCGGGUACGCCCCCGACGCCGUGGGGCUACUGCCACCUGCUCCAGCGCCCUCCUUGCCUGUUGCACCAUCAGGCCGCUGCCCCCUUGCUGCACGUUUCUGCGGCAGCCGCUCGGACGAUUUGGCAGCAGCAGCAGCAGCAGCAGCAGCAGCAGCAGCAGCAGCAGCAGCAGCAGCAGCAGCAGCAGCAGCAGCAGCAGCAGCAGCAGCAGCAGCGACGUCGGGACUGUCCCAGCGGCUGCGCUCCCAGUUAGAGCGCCUGUCUGCCACCACAGCGGCGCUGCUGGGGUGUCAGCUGGGAGCAGUGGGUUUUCGUUGACGUCACUGGUCGCUCUUUUGAGCGGUGAAGGGGCCUCGCCGUCCUUUUGAACCGCACCC